AUGGCAGGCCAUGAGCCACUGUUCUCCUCAUCCCUCAUUUCUCAUGAGGUGGUGGCAUCCCUGCCUACGGGCUUCACCAUCCGGCCUCUGCACCGGCAAGACUUCAAGAAAGGCUACCUGGACUGCCUGAGGGUACUAACUUGGGUUGGUGAUCUUGGCGAGGAAGAAUGGAACAGCCGAUUUGAUGAAAUGGCUCGAGCAACCGGAACUUACUACCUGUUGGCCCUUGAGCACAAAGAUCGCAUCGUUGGCACAGGGUCCUUGGUUGUGGAGCGCAAGUUAACUGUUACUCGGGCGCGGAAAACUCAUGAGAAUUUGUCCAGUAUCCAUAACCGAGGGCUUGUUGGACACGUAGAAGAGAUUGCCAUCUCCAAAGAGCUUCAAGGCAAAGGUCUGGGAUUGAAAAUGAUCCAAGCUCUGGACUCUGUCGGCAAGAAUGUGGGCUGCUACAAGAAUAUCCUCAACUGUGGUCCCCAGAACGAACCUUUCUACGUCAAAUGUGGCUACCACAACUCUGGGACGGAGAUGUCACACUAUUUCGAGGAGUCCAAGGAUAAUUACCACCGGGGAUGA